AUGCUUGUGGUGCUUGGGUAUGUUUUACGUCUGGUUUUCGUUACGUCAGAGGCUAAAUUACGACUGAUUAUAAAAAGACAAUUCUCACCGCUGGACGGCCAUGACAAACUCAUGUGCUGUGCAGCGGAUGUUCUCGAGGGUAAAGGGACAGUUCAAGUGGCUAUAACAGUAACGGAAUUGCUUAGACGACACGCAGUCAUCAGAGAACAAACCCCGACCCCCACACACACACCAACAUUAACCCCAACCCCCACUCCAACACCUACUCCAACCCCCACUCCCACUCCCGCCACCUAG